AGAGCAAAAGCGAGUAAAAAAAGUACACUUAGUUUUGGUUGGCUCUGUGAUCUCUCCUUUUUGCAUAGCGUCCUUAGUUGCAUGAUCAAUGUCAUAACUUUUAAUAUAAAUUAUAAUUAUUUUAUUAAAAAUAAAUAAAUAUGGCCAAGUUUGAUCUUACUUGUCGUAUUGGUCAAUACCUGGAUCGGCAUUUAGCCUUUCCGCUUUUGGAGUUUUUGGAUACUAAAAGGAUUUAUGACGAAAAUGAACUGCUCCAAGCUAAACUUGACAUUCUUAGUAAAACAAAUAUGAUUGAUUAUGUCAUUGAUAUUAGGAAACAAUUAUACCCUGACAAGGAAGUUCCUGAGGAAUUGAAGGCACGCCGUGCCGAAGUUGUAAGAGAACUUGGAACUUUGCAAAAUAAUGUUUCGACAGUUGUGGGAUGGAUGAAUGACGAGAAAGUCAUGAAAAAAAUGGAAGAAAUGCGUGACUCGAAAGCGCUCAAUAAUUAUUUAGUUCAAGAUUUAGAGUUCAAAAUUGAAAUGAUGGAUGGGCUUGUCAAAUUGGCCAAGUACCGAUAUGAAUGUGGUAAUUACUCAAUUUCCACAUCUUACUUAUAUUUUUAUAUGCUCAUCAUGCCACCGACUGACAAGAAUUACUUGAACGUGUUGUGGGGAAAACUGGCAUCAGAAAUUUUGGCCCAGAACUGGGAUACUGCAUUGGAAGACGUAAACAAAUUACGUGAAUACAUUGACAACAAUGCUAUUGGUAAUUCCCUUCAUGUUCUUCAGCAACGAACAUGGUUAAUUCACUGGAGCUUGUUUGUUUUCUUCAACCAUGUUAAAGGACGUGACUUGAUUAUUGAAAUGUUCCUCUAUCGCCCUCACUACUUGAAUGCCAUUCAAACUACUUGUCCUCACAUCCUUCGUUACUUGGCAGCUGCCGUAAUUGUAAAUCGUUCUAAACGAUCAACUUUGAAGGAUCUCGUUAAAGUAAUUCAGCAAGAAUCUUACACGUACCGUGAUCCAAUCACUGAAUUUUUAGAACAUUUGUAUGUUAAUUUCGACUUUGACGGAGCACGAAAAAAACUCCAGGAAUGCCAAACAGUAGUCUUCAAUGACUUCUUCCUUAUCGCGUUGCUUAGCGAAUUCGUUGAGAAUGCAAGAUUGAUGAUUUUUGAAACUUUCUGUCGUAUUCAUCAGUGUAUUAGCAUUGGUAUGCUUGCUGAGAAACUUAACAUGAAAGCCGACGUAGCUGAAUGCUGGAUAGUUAAUUUGAUUCGUAAUGCACGAUUAGAUGCAAAAAUCGACAGUAAACUGGGACACGUUGUCAUGGGAGGACAACCGGCAUCACCGUAUCAACAGUUGGUUGAGAAAAUAGAAACUUUGAGUGUACGGAGUGAAGCAUUAGAAAAUCUUAUUGAACGUAAAUUAAAAGCUAAAAAUCAAGAUCGUGUAAGUAUUGUUUGGAAUUAAUUUUCUAACAGUACUCAAAACGAACCGGUUAUUUAUUUUUAUCAUCAAUGCUAUUCAUCAGAAUUUUAAAAAAAAUUUCAAAUCAUCAAAUGAUUUUUAGAUUAUUAAUUUGGACGGCUGAGAAAUGAAUCGAUUGAUUUAUCUAAUUUUGUUAGUUAUUAAUUAUUCUAUUUCUCAGCCGUCCAAAUAUCUGUAACUCAAAAUGAAUUUCGUUUUAUUAUUGAAAUGUUUUCAUAGAUUUUAUUAUUUAAUAAUUCUUUGGUUUAUUUAAUGAAAUAUAAUCAAUAUUUUUACAAAUUUUAACUUGAAAUUAAUUGAAUAUUUAUAUUCUUAUUAGGCUGAAAAAAAUUUUUUUUGAAUAAAUCAAAGAUUUAUUAAAUUAUUGUCUAAAACAGAUAAUUAUUCGAAAUUAUUGCUGAAAAAUUAUAAAAAUAUGUGAAAUUUAAAAUUUUUUUUUUCAACUGAUUAUUCAUGACUAAAACGUAAUUUAAUGGUAGUUUGAAUAAGACUUUUUGUACAGAUGUUAAUUGAUGCAUGAAUUAAUAUUUAUUAAUUUUAUAUUUCAAUAAAUACAUCAGAUUUUGUGUGAACUCAUAACUAAUUUGAAUAAAUCGAAAUACAAAAAUAUUAUAAAAUUUAA